CACAAGAGCAUAAUUUAUCAGGAAGCAAUUAAUAAAACAGGUGACGGUGAAUUGGCUAGGGCUUUUGACCUAAAUCCCAUUUGAAAAUUAGUUGUCUUGAAAAUCCUUCAACAGCAACUACAAAUAUUGACCACAGCAACAGAUUUCGCCCUCCUUUUGAGCACCAUGCAGAGAAUGGAGUGAAUUCGAGAAAAAAUAAAGGGACAAGAAAUUAAACAGCGAGCAAGAAUUUUGCCACUGUUUAGCCCAGUGAAUGGGGAGAUGGAGACUUUCUGUCGCAGUUUCCCGCAUCGUAUCAGCUUCCAAAUCCAUUAAUAACCCAAACUUGAGCAGGAACCCACGUAUUAGAUCCCAAAUUUCUUCUUUAAUUUCAGGGCCCAGGAAUCAUUUCUCGAGUUUCAGGCCCUUCUCUGCUCUCCCAGCAUCUCCACGCUACGUCGAAGAAUUUGAUGCCAGUAAUCACGAUUUUGAUGCAAAUCAGAUUUUGGAGGAAUUGUUGGAAGAUGAAGAGGCUGGCAAAAUCUCAGUGAGGGCUUUUUUUCUUUGUACCAGUGUGGAUUUGAAGAGUAUGCAAGCUGAGAAUUCAAAACAUAUUAUUCCUCCUACAUCACGUUCUUCAAAUAGUAUUGCUCUCAGAUUUUGUGGUCCUCCCUGGCAAACUCAAGGUGCAACUGGAGAUGGCAUGAGAUGCUAUCAUUACAUGAUUGUCUACCAGUAUGGUUCAGCAAUCCUCUUCAAUGUGGAAGAUCAUGAAGUUGACUUCUAUUUGCAAGCUGUUAGACGACAUGCCUCUGGAUUGCUUACAGAAAUGAGAAAAGAUGAUUAUGCUAUAAAAGAGAAGCCUUUGUUGGUUGAGGAUAUGCAGGGAGGUCCGGAUCACAUCGUCUUGAAAAAUCUAGACAUGGAUAGCAUCCGUAUAAUUGGCAGUGUUCUUGGACAAAGCAUUGCUCUGGACUACUUUGUAUCACAGGUUGAUGGUAUGGUUGAGGAAUUUGCACAGAUAAAUCGCGCAAUGCAGAAAACUGGCACUUUCACUAUGGAUCGCAAAAGGUUGUUUCAACUUGUUGGGAAGGCUAACUCAAAUCUAGCUGAUGUGAUUCUAAAAGUUGGUAUUUUUGAGAGAUCAGAAAUUGCUUGGAGGGAUGCAAAAUAUGCACAAAUUCUUGACUACCUUCGCGAGGAAUACGAGGUUGCACAGCGAUUUGGAAAUCUUGAUUUGAAAUUAAAAUUUGUUGAGCAUAACAUCCAUUUUCUUCAAGAAGUGCUCCAAAAUCGAAAGUCAGAUUUGCUGGAAUGGUGCAUCAUAGUAUUGUUGGCAUUAGAAAACAUAAUCUCAAUUUAUGAGAUUGUUAGGGAAUCUAUAGGAAGUUAAAUAGGGGAAAAUAUGCAAUAUACACAAUUCUUUUGCUGCAGCCAAAUUUUUGCUGUCUUAUUGUAAGAAAACAUUCAUUGUGUUAUUAUUAACACACACUGUUAUAAUAAUUGCUACUAUUUCUUU